AUGAAUCAAUCAAAGCCAAUUAAACCACUAACGGUAGAGACUUUAAAACCUUUUCCGAUUCCUAAGUAUCUAGAGUCGUUACCCCCAAACGUGCUUGAUGAGUUUAUACAACUGUACUCUCUUGUGUCAGGGUAUCUUGAAAGUCUUCCAUCUUAUAAAACGUUUACCGAAUCAAUCACAACACAAAUAAACUAUCAAAUAACGAAACUUAACGAAAUAAUAACGAUCUUUGACGAGUAUGAAAUAGCGGGUAAUUUAAUUAAGGAGCAAAUUGAUAAAAUUAAUAAGCUAUAUCAAGAGUUCCUCAAUCUUGAGGUCUACCAGUAUCAGCUUCUAUCGUCCAACUUCAACCAGCAGUUUUUGAAGAAGAAACUUGAAGCUAUGACACGAAAUACAAAUGAAGAGUCACUAAGGAUAGCUCAAAGUCUAAAGCAGCUGGACAAGCUGGAAUCCGAAUUCAAUGAACUUUUGAAAGACUUUAAGAACUCCAGGUCUCUCUAUCAUAUGCGCAGAGAAAAGCUAUACAGAUGGGAUGAGGAAAGGGUUACCGGACUUAUAUAG